CGUCCCGGCGGAUGUGGGUGGAUGUUGUUUAGCCGCUUCCAGAGGGUUCCCGAGGAGCCUUAGGCACCUGGGAGAGAGGAGAGUGCCGGUAGGUGAUGGUAGUUUGUUAACCAUGGCCCUUUAUCCGGUAAAGUAAGCAUUUUGUCCUAAGUCGCAAGUGCUCGGCCAGCCCCUAAAUACAGUCGCCGCCAUUGUCUCUGCUCCCUGCACCUCGCUGCCGAUUGCGUUUGCCUGCCUCCUUUCUGUGAGGCAAGACACCUCUGGAGACACGCAGAUAAGAAAACAGCCUCCGAUUCAAGCGGAAUAGGUCUACCACAUCUGCUGCAGGACUUGUCACGAGUGGAAGCAAAGAAGGGAGGAGGAAAUUACUUCACAUCAGUGCAGGUCCAACUUCAGUGACAGAUCUGGUGGCCUUGGAGUGGCUGAAGACCACCACCCUCCACAGGCCUGCGCCCAAGCACAGCUAUCCUCCUUUAUCUUGAGUGAGCUUCCUCAGCAUGCUGUCUAUAUCAUUGGCCGAAACUGUAGUUGGAAAGGGGGCCGAAUGACUACUGGACUUUAUAUGAAAACACCAACUUGGGGCUGACUUUCAGGCAAGGCUGAGAUAGGGGCACAUUGUUUGACUUUGCCUUUGUCUUGAACCAUGAUUGGCUCUAAAAGUAAAGGGAAAGCUAGAGAAGAGUCUGGGGCUACCUUAAAACCUGGAAACAAAAGCCUUGCCAAUGCUAAAGGAAAAGCCAAGGGUCAGACCAAGAAAGUGGUUGAGGCAGAACCAAAAGAAUUGAGGAACAAGGCUGAGGCUAGGGAUGAAGCAGUGGCCAGGAGACAAACAGUGACUCACACUGAGCCUGAGACUGUGACAUGGAAAGUGAAAAAAAAGAAAGAUAAGACUAAUACUAGAGCCAAUGCUCAGGCUAAGACAGAGCUCCUGGCAGAGCCUGGACUAGUGCCUCACACCAAGUCAGAUGCCUCGUCUAUGUCUGUGGUCAUUACUGUAACCAAGUCUGAAGUCAAGGUUGACGCUGGUAGUGAGGCAUCUGUCAAGUGCUCUGCCAAGGCUCGAGAUAAGGGCAGUAUGAAGCACAGAUCUGAGGUAAAAAAAGAGACCUGUGUCAGAUCUGGGGCUGGGGACAAGGCGAGUAUUGUCAUCAACGCCACUGAUGAGGGUGAAGAAUAUGUGUGCUCCUGGUUUUGGACUGGAGAAGAGCCUAGUGUAGGGUCCUGGUUCUGGCCUGAAGACGAAUAUCCUCUUCAAGUUUAUCAGCCCCCACCUAAGGUUGAGGAAGAACCCGAACCCCCAGAGGACACAUUCGACUUUACUUUAAAAAAAAAAGCAGCAGCAUGGGCAAGGGGCAGGUUUAUUGUCCUGGUCCCAGUUGAGGAAGGCGAGAAAACUUUACCUCCAGAAGGGAACUGGACUCUGGUUGCGACCUUAAUUGAAACUCCUCUGGGUAUUCGACCGUUGACCAAGAUUCCACCUUUUGAAGGACCUUACAUCCAGACUUUAGCUGAAGUAAAAGAGCAAAUCCGGGAAAGAGAAAAGUAUGGACCCAACCCGAAGGCCUGCCGCUGUAAAUCGCGUACCUUUAGUUUAGAGCCUGUAGAGUUUGAUAAGCUUGUUGCCCUCCUUAGGCUAACCAGAGAUCCUUUCAUUCAUGAGAUAGCUACAAUGAUAAUGGGUAUCAGUCCCGCUUACCCAUUUACUCAAGAUAUCGUUCAUGAUGUUGGUAUUACUGUUAUGAUUGAAAAUUUUGUCAAUAAUCCAAAUGCUAAAAGAUACCCUAAACAUAUAAAUGUGAAUGUGAGCACUGACACCUCUGGAGAAGCAAAAGAGGAUGAGGCACAUGUAAAUAAAGUUUGUAGGGACAUACUCUCUUGUCCUUUGAACUGCUCUGUACAAGUGGAGGAGCUGAAACUGUUAGCAAGCCUGAGUACGAAAUUCGAGUAUCACCACGUGAUUGUCAGUUAUGUUCGAUAUUUCAUCUCAUUGUUAAACAAAGGAAGUGUCAAAAUCAAGUUUCAGAUUUUGAGAGUUAUUUUAUGUUUGUCAAAAAACCAAGCCAAUACAAGAGAACUGAUCAGUGCUGAAGUGUUAUCGUCAUUGGUUGCCCACUUUCACAAGAAUGAGUCAAAGGCUAAUAUUCUGCAUAUCAUUGAAAUAUUCGAGAAUAUAAAUUUCCAGUUCAAAAAAAGGGCAAAGCUGUUUACCAAGGACAUGUUCACUAAAUCUGAACUUAUUUCCAUAUUCCAUGAGGCAAAAGAGUUUGACCAGAAACUCCAAGACUUAGCAGACCAUAGUGACCCUGAUGUGAGAGAUAAAGUUAUCCGAUUAAUACUCAAACUCUGAAUAGCUGUAUAUUCUCACAAAACCUUGAGCAUUGUUUGUCUUUCCACUAUAAAUCUAAUGCAUAUUAUAAUGAUAAAUUUGAUACUUAUGCUCUCUGUGUUGAGGGAAGCAAUUUUAUGGAUGCUAGUCAUCUUGAGAGAUUGAACACUUGCUGGUUUUUAUUGUGCUAUAUAUAAUAUAAAUUGAGGUAUUUUUGGUAUCUGUAAUGUAACCCGGUACUGAACCUAUUCAUCCUAAAUAAGCUAUAUUUCUGUGCAUUAUAUUGAUAUGAGUGUAUUUUCGUAUUCCAUUUGCGUGUUUUUAAUAAAGCUGCAUGCUAAACCUGA